AUAUCACACCUUCACAACACGAUGGCUGCGGAAGAGAAGCCAACGAUGGAUGUACCUCUGCGUACCGCACAAGGAGUCUCUCGCUUCUUUCUCUUUGAGGCCCUGCGCACUGGAUACGAUGAACUCCAAACCCAACACGGUGAAGUACAAUCUGCGCGUGACAAAGCGGAAGGCUUGUUGGUCAAGGAAAACCCCAAGGACUUCCAAUCUUUGCUUCAAGACAUUCUCAAAUCAUGCGCAAAGAGUUUGCAGACUCACGCUUCUAUUGUUGAAGCCAUUGCCGAGACAUUGAGUGCUGAGGCCGAUGAGAGUCUCGAUGAUGGCGGUGUCAAGGCUUCUAAUAAGUACUCGUUGCUUGUUGGACAGAUCAAGGAUGCUGCUGCUGGUGUUGAUCAGCUGAGGAACAUCAACGUCAAGAAAGAAAAGUCGCCAACACCUCCAAGUGAGAAUGACGCAGCACCAGAAGUUCAAUCAACAAAGAAGCCGAAUGCCAGAGACCCAGAAGAACCAACUCCACGCAAGAAGGCCAAGACCAAGCACGCCUCUAAUACUUCAGCCCCAGUCACGGAAGCACCUUUAUCUGACUCAAUUGACGAGACGACUAUGAAGGGUAAAGGAAAGAAGCUCGGCAAGCCUCCUAAGCCAUCGAAGGCAAACAAGACUCCCUCAUCAAGAGUUUCUCCCGAAUCAGGCUCGCCAUCGUCGAAUACUCCAGGUUCAACCGAGAAGGCAGAGCAGCGUACCAAAAAUCCAGCUUCCACCGCAGCCGCUCCUCCAGAGACUCCUGUCCCAGCAACAGCCAACCGACGUAACUCUGUCGAAGACAUCACUUCAGAGGUCGAUGCCCGUCUUGCAGCCAAGGAACUCAAGCGUGCUCGCAAGAAGGAAUCGAAGAAACGCAAGCGGGACUCUCUGGCCUCAGAAAUCUUCUCUCCAGACCCCAAGGCUACUCCCGAGCAAUCUGCUGCCUUACCACCCAAGAAGAAGAUCCGCGUUGACACAGCUAAGAGCGACAGCAAGGGCAAGCGUCAAAAUGUCGAUGACGUACCUGGUGGAACGAGCAAGGGCAAGGCGAAGAAGCAGAAGACGGAGACUGCUAAGAAGAUGAACGUAAAGUUUGAUUCAGAGGAACUGCUCGAUGCCGGAGACUACAGCAAAGCCGAUGUGGAGCUCUUGAUGAGCAAUCUCAACGAGGGCAAGCCGCCGGGACAACUGAGCGAUUCUGAGAAGAAGGCGAACAAAGCUAAGCGUAGACGUUCGUCUAACCUCACUGAGACAUCGACACCCACUGCUACACAGGAAGCUGCUCCCGAAGCAAACCACCGUAAGAAGCGCAGAAUUGGCUUUUAGUUGAAGGUCUGAGAGAUAGACGGCGAAACAUGAGUCCUGUCAUCAUGGACGAAACGGAAUUGCAUUUGCUAUGGCUUGUGAAAGAAUGAGCCCCUGUAUGAGCGAGAAGAGAUAGCUUCACACGGAACACAUCGCUAGAGAGAGCAUUGCUGUAUUUAUUGCUACACACCACAAUCAAACACAACAUACACUAU